ACACUCCUGAUUGAUCUGAUAAACGGUGAAGAAAUUCAGACACGUUAGUAUGAAAGAGAAGAUAAGCACACCAUUUGUAUAACCAUGAGCGUAAUGAUCUAUAGCCCGGUAACAUUUUAACAAACACAGCACACUCGAAAAGCAUAGCGAGAAAGUUUGUCCUUCACCUACCAUCAAGAAUUUGGUGUGGAUGAUUAGUACGCAUUUCGGUUUUGGAAUAACGUGCAGUUGCGCACUUGUGCUGAUGAGGCGCGCGCACAUGUUUGUGGUGGUGAACAUAUUUGCUGUAUGCGUGUAUUGUUACAAUGACCGGGACGGCGACGAUUUUCCCGUGAGCCGCUCAGUGACAUUCCUACCCGUAAACGAACUGGAUUUCAAACGCUUGUCCGCUUCUUUCUACAAAAAAAUACACCAUUUGAACGUUUGAAGCCGCUAUAUGUACGUGGUCGUUAAAAGUAACAGAUUCUGCAUAAAAAGCAUGCGAACAUAUCCUGGAUUGAUUGCAAUAACUUAUCGCGUAUAAGCUGAAUUCAAUUUAAACUGGCUCCUAGUUUAGGGAGCUUAAUAUUCCUAGCGACAGUAGCUGGUUUUCUUUCCCCUGACACCCUCGAAGAACAACACCGAAGGCAUCACAACGUGUCGUCUGCGGCAGCGCCGAAGAAGCAAUGGUGCCUUCGCACACCAAUGCAAAUUGGUCGUAAUACUCCUGUCCACAAUUCUGCACCCAACCCAUCCGAUCAACUGUCCUUCCAGUUCAUUUUUUGACCACCAAUAUCAUCAUUAUCUAUCAACCUGAACCGUCCGGAUUUAAGCGAUGCCUGGCAUAGUAGUAUUUCAACGACGAUGGUCUGUCGGUUCGGACGAUCUCGUAGUUCCUGGCCUAUUCCUGCUUGUUAUUCAUUUUAUAUGGCUAGUCGUGCUAAUGGUAAUGACGCUAACGUUUCAUUUCGAUCGAACAGAGCAUUGUGUUUUACAACUAUGGUACUUUCAAAUUGGGUAUAUGAUACUGCUGGCAGUGUGUAUGUGCCUGGAGCUAUCCAUAUGUGUAGUAUCGAUGCAGGGCAGCAUUCUCGAUACCGAGCCUAGAGCAUCCAUGCAAUAUUUGCUGUAUGGGCGGGUAAUUUUAAUGCUAAUCGAUUUUGGUCUGCUAACAGUAGGUAUCUCUUGGCUACGAGAUAACUACGUUACCUGUCCUGCAGAGGAACCGAAACAAGUGGUUUUGGCUGCGAUUGCAUGUAACCUGUUCGUCAUCCUUAGCAUGAUCACCACUGUCUGGUGCACGUUUGAUCCGGCCGGACGGUCGUGGGUAAAGAUGAAGAAAUAUCAACGAUCAAUGCGCGAAUCCGAGUCACGAUUCAACUAUAAACGCAGCGGUAGUCGCAGUCGGAAUUGGCGGCAGAGAAAAGUGAUCCGAGCAUAUCAAGAUAGUUGGGAUCAUCGGUGUCGAUUGCUCUUUUGCUGCAUGGGAAAUAGCGAUCGAAGUCGUAACUCGUUUACAGAUAUUGCGCGCCUUCUAAGUGACUUUUUUCGCGACCUGGACGUUGUACCAUCAGACGUAGUAGCAGGAUUAGUGUUACUACGGAAGUUCCAGAAACUAGAGAGAGAAGUUAUAGUUCGACAGCAAAAGAAUGGAACACAUAAAUUUUUGUCAGGGGUUCCAAUUACAGCAAGUACUCAAUUCCUGGCACUAAAUGAUCCCAGAGAUUAUGAUCACUUUCAGACCGUUAUUCGAUACAUGUAUUUUGCGCAAGGUGCAUAUGGUUGGCCCAUGUAUCUUAUGAGUCACUCUAGCACGGGUGUAUGUCAAUUGGCUUCCGAAUUGCGAUACUGCUUUUGCAGGCGAAAUGCGGUAGAUGUGGUAGAUGAUAAUUGUUGCUUCUGCAAUUACGCUGCUCUUAAAAAAAUGCUGGAACUGGGUGAGGUUGAAGUGAUUUAUGCUACAUAUCACGUCGAUAUUGCGGAAACACCGUUCUUCGUCGCAAUCGAUUAUAACUACAACAAAAUUGUUAUCAGCAUCCGUGGUACACUCAGUAUGAAGGACGUAUUGACCGAUCUUAAUGCCGAGGGCGAACCGUUGCCACUCAAUCCACCAAGAGAAGAUUGGCUGGGCCAUAAAGGUAUGGUGCAAGCAGCAAUCUACAUCAAGCAAAAAUUGGAGGAAGAAAAUCUUAUCCAACGUGCCCUCAAACACAAUCCUGCACGUGGAACCCAAGGUUUUGGAUUGAUACUAGUAGGUCACUCUCUCGGUGCCGGUACAGCGGCUAUAUUGGCAAUCCUAAUGAAACAAGAGUACGAUGUGCUGCAUUGCUACAGUUACUCGCCACCGGGUGGAUUAUUAAGUAUGCCUGCUGUAGAGUAUAGUAAAUCGUUCAUUACUUCCGUUGUUGUGGGCAAAGAUGUUGUGCCACGAAUCGGACUUUAUCAAAUGGAAGCAUUACGAGCUGAUUUGAUCAAUGCAAUUCAGCGUAGUAUCGAUCCGAAAUGGAAAACUAUUGCUUGUUCUGUCAUCUGUUGCUGCUGUGGACCGGAACCGACAUCCGUUAUGAUGAUGUCAACGAAGGACUCAAAUGUUCAGCGAUAUAAACAGGACCGCAACAGCGCGCGCCAAAGCACAGUACACCCGAACGACAAUUCAAUAGCACUUACUCUUCACCAUCCACUCUAUCCACCUGGUCGCAUCAUACACAUCGUUAGACACCACCCAAUCCAAGAAGAGCAAAUGCUGAAAAAACGGGAACCUGUGUAUCAAGCUAUUUGGGCCGACAAUAAGGAUUUCGAUGAGGUACUUAUUUCGCCUGUGAUGAUUCAAGACCACAUGCCAGACACAGUGUUGGCAGCACUCGAAAAGGUUGUAGGAUCUAUUGGACCACAAAAACCGACUCGGCAGUUCACUAAUCUUCCUGUUAUAUCUACGAACGUAGCGGACAUAUCGAAAACCAUAGGAGAAGAGUCAACCGUAAGCCAAACACUUCAACCAAAUCUUGCUUCGCCUGCACAACAUAAGAUCUGUCUAGAAACUUCUUUUACUAACAUGCAAUUGCUACAGCUACGGCGUGGUGAUUCUGCUCACCCUGCAGCACUUGUUCAACAGUACGCCGAUAUUUCUAAAGCAUCUUCAAUCGCCGACAGUUUGCUCGGACAGCGUAGUGCACAGUCCAGCCUGGUCGACGAUAGUGGAAUUCCCAAGAGCAUCUCAGGACCAAGCGAAGUGACAACUGUGAUUUUAGCAGAAGUACAAAGCGCGGCUGCUCCGACAAUGGCAACCGUAUCUCGUGUUCCUACGGUAACAAGCGGGUCCACCGUUAAAACGUUGAAUUUUAUUGCCUCAGCUAAUCCUACGCGAAACGAUAUGUACCUCAUGUUUCAACCUUCAACGUCCAUCGGCACUACGACGAACCGGGCAGAUAACCUUUCGCUUGGCAUCACGCGCAGAAACUCUUACGAAAUACAAAAAAUAGAUCUUAUACAUGAUGAUUGGUUCGGUAUGGCACCACUAGCUAGCCCGGAAAGUUUGUCCGAGCUUUCUAGCAUUAGCUCGCGGGCGAGCAUGACUACAUGCAUGGUGACCGGACUAGAUAAAGGGUUGGAAAAUGGCAAAGAGACACGUCAGAUACGAGUAAGCGAGCGUAACGACUUGCUAACUGUGGAGUCACAGCUUCAUACGCCGAAAGUUCUACGCCGUACACCGAAGGUGAGCGGCAAUUUGUCAACCUGUGCGGAAGAUGCACGCACCAUUUACCAGUAUAAACGGAUGGGAAAAAUAUUCGUUCUAAAUCAACCAUCGUAUGAAUCAAAUAGCACCCUUGAUAGUUACGACAUUGAACAGACUGUAAAUACAACAGAAGAGAACGGACUUCUAGCUACAAUUAAUGAAAAGGAUAAUCUGCCACAUGUUGCCGAUGAUAGCAAAUGUACAUCGGGUCUAAAUGAUCUGAAUGAAAAUAGCAAAGUAAGAGAAACGUCAACAAAAACCUGCGAAGGCGUAGUGCAAUGUAGUUCUAGCUGCCCGGCAUGUCCGUGUCAAGGUAAAUCGAAUGGCAAAUGUUGCCAAAAAUUUAACCACCGAGAAUGUUACAAUUAUAAGUACACAUCAUUUAACAUAUUUAAGUUAAGCAAGGCUAGCGAAGUUAACUCUGGCAGUGCUUCAAUAAGCAUAGUUGACCGAACGGACAGUAAAACCGACUCAAGUAGCUGGUCACAAAUUGAGUGUACUGCAUCAUCGCCAGAAGCAGGAAACGAGGACAAUAAUAUUAUAUACCCGAUCCCAGCAGAUUCUGCUUUGCCAACCGCUCCUAUGAAGGCCGGGUUGCUGGAAUCACACUUUCCCGUAUUUUAUAGUAAAAGCGGUAAUAACGACACGAACUGGGAAAAUUUAGAUAAAUGUGCAAAGCCAGGUGUAUUGCAAACAGGCAAAUCUGGUAAAUCAUUAACACCGAUUAGGCUGACCGAUGUACACGAGCCACUCGCAACUUCGAUAGAGAUACGAAACGAAACCUUUCCGUUACUAGUAAACCUGGCCGAACAUUCAUCGCCUAAUGGAGGUUUUGGACGAAGAAAAAACACUGUUCAUCCCACGGAGCAGAAUCUCAUUGUUGUGGAUGGGUUUAAUCCUACAGGUGCAGAAAACGUCGAGUCUCGUUGUUCAUCUGUUAGUUCCUACGUCUCCCUUUCCGCAUGCAAACACAUUCAACAAGCGACCCAAAACGAGAGCAACGUUUAAGGUGCGAAUUAUGAUUCUUAAAUUCACUUUACUUUCAAUAGUGAUAUUAUAUUACCACUGAUUAAAGAAAUACGUUUUGCCUGAUUUACAUUUUAUAGUGCAGAAACAAAAUUUCUUUUCAAUAACUAACUAAUGCUCAACGGACCAAAGGGGACCGACAGUGUGCCAAAAAGUAGGCCUGUGAUGUUCGUUAAGCAUUCCAUUUUCCUGAAAAACGUUGCUCAUACAACUCUCAAGAGAUUCUAUAAUAUUAUCGCAAAAGUUUAUUUGUUUUGUGGAAUAAAAAAGAGAUAUAUAUCAUGUAUCAAAUCUGUUGAAAAUGUUCGAAUAGUUAAUGUCAAUUUUACUAUACACAACGCAAUAUAAGUGAUGCAUAGCCGAUGGAGGUCUAGCUACUGAGGGAAAAUUGUAAUAAAUUAAGAUAGCAUCAUUAAUGGUCUAUUGAGAAUUUAGUUCAUAGAUUGUGUACUGCAGAAAACCCACAAAAAAGAUUAAAUUUUUAAAUUACUUUAAGAGUGAGGGACAAAGAAUGCUGAUGUAAUUAGAUUUAUAAACAAAUCUGUAGCAUGAAUGAAUAAAUAAUAAUUCGAAUAUUAUAUGGAUGAACAAGAAGGGUAACGCAUUCUAAAUUUAAGAUAUUAAUUAUUGAUGGAAUGAGCAAAACAAAAAUACUAAAAAAUACCCAAACAUAACUUGAAAAACUCCGGUUAAAGAGGUAUGUGACCUAUUUUAUGUAGCCAUUUAAUUUGAUUCCGAGAAUAAGAAUGCUUUGUUCACAACUUAAAAGAAGUUUAUCUUUUAUUUUGAAAGUUAUGCGACUUUCUAUUUCUUCUGGUAAAUAGGAACUAGAAAUAAACCAUGUGGCUUAUUUUGGACAAGUUUACAAUCAAUAGCAAAUUACCGUUAAUACAAUUAGUGCAAACUCAUAAACCAGUGGUCUAUCACCAACGGUAUUGUGUUAUUAGAGACUGAUAACACAAGAAUCACUAUUUUAAAUAAAAUCAGAUUUGUAUUUGUAAUUUUCAUAGUUCUCCUGUUAGAGUGUAAGGAAGUAAAGUUUAUGAUAACCUGCUGACAUGUCACAACUUAACCAAGCAUUUUUUGCUGUCUGGCAAAAAGACAUGCAGCUACAAAACUCUACAAAGCACUAACUGUAGAACCCUUUUGGUUUACAUCUGAAACAAACUAUGUUUUAAGAAUAUUCCUUACCUUUAAAAUCCAAAUAAAAACGUAUCUCGAAACAGCGUCA